ACCCUACAAGUGUGAAGAAUGUGGCAAAGCUUUUUAUGAAUCUUCAAUGCUGAAGCAACAUCAAAGAAUUCAUUCUGGAGAGAAACCCUUCAAUUGUAUGGAAUGUGACAAAUCCUUUAACAAUCCUUCAGUGCUGAAGGAACAUCAAAAAAUUCAUUCUGGAAAGAAACCCUACAAGUGUGAAGAAUGUGGCAAAUCCUUUUAUAAACCUUCAGUGCUGAAGAGACAUCAAAGAAUUCAUUCUGGAGAGAAACCAUGCAAAUGUGAAGAAUGUGGCAAAUCCUUUUACACUCCUUCACUGCUGAAGCAACAUCAAAGAAUUCAUUCUAGAAAGAAACCAUGCGUGUGUGAAGAGUGUGGCAGUUUAUUUUCUUCAUUCUCAUCCCUUACUCAACAUCAAACAGUUCACUACAAAGACAAUCCCUACAAGUGUGAGGAGUGUGGCAUAAGGUUUUCCCAUUCUGCAAUCCUUCAGAAACAUAGUAAAAUUCAUGAAGAGAGACCAUACAAGUGUGAAGAGUGUCACAAAACCUUUCUUUAUCACUCAUCACUUAAGAACCACAAGGUAGUUCAUACUAGACAGAAACUCUACAAGUGUGAAGAGUGUGGCAAAUAUUUUUCCUCAGCUUCAUGCCUUAGACGACAUCAAAUAAUUCACAGUGAAGACAACCCUUAUAAGUGUGAAGAGUGUGGCAGAUGUUUUUCCUCAGAUGCAUGUUUUAGAGCACAUCAAACUAUCCAUUCUGAAGAUAAUCCUUAUACCUGUGAACAAUGUGGCAAACGAUAUUCCUGUUCUAGGGAUCUUCAGGAACAUCAAACACUUCAUACUGGACAGAUAUUGUACAAGUGUGAAGAAUGUGGCAAAGAAUUUCAUUAUCUCUCAGGCUUUAGGAGACAUAAGGCAAUUCAUACUGGAGAGAAAGCUUACAAGUGUGAAGAAUGUCACAAAGCCUUUCGUUAUCUCUCAUCCCUUAGGAAUCACAUGGGAGUUCAUACUGGAGAGAAACCAUUCAAGUGUGAAGAAUGUAACAAAGCCUUUUGUUAUCUCUCAUACCUUAUGAAACACAAGAGAGUUCAUAGUGAAGAGAAACCCUACAAGUGUGAAGAAUGUCACAAGGCCUUUUUUUAUCUCUCAUCCCUUAGGAAACACAAGAGAGUUCAUAGUGAAGAGAAACCCUACAAGUGUGAAGAAUGUCACAAAGUCUUUCAUUAUAUCUCAUCCCUUAUGAGACACAAGACAGUUCAUACUGGAGAGCAUCCCUAAAACUGUGAAUAUGUGACAGAAGGUUCUCUUCACCUUCAUCCUUUAGACAAUGUAAAAAAGAAAGGAAAUUCAUUCUGAAAACGAUCCCUAAAAUUGUGGGCAAUGUAUCAAAAACUUUGUUAAUCUUUAUGUGCUUACUCAACAGAUGUUAUAAUUCAUAUGGGAGCAAUAUCCUACAUAUGUCUAGAAAUGUUUACUUUUUCAACCCUUAAAAUACUUCAAAUGAUUCAUUCUGACUACAAACUCCGUGAGUGUGUGAAGUGUGGUAAAAUAUUUGCUAACUAUUCAGAUCUUACCCACCCCAAUGAAUCCAUAGUGGAGAAUAUUAGGUUAAUCAUUUUGGAUCAUCAACAAGAACAUCUAACUUCCAAUAGCAAAAAUGCUAAGAAUGUCAUCAGAGAGCUGUAGAGAUUUCUGUUUGCUAACCCCCAACAAUUUGUUCAAGCAGUGUGUUUGAAACUAGCCUUGAUUAAUGUGUCUCUUUUUCUGUUACUAUAAAUGGUCUCUGAAACCUUUACCAUGCCCUGAAAUUGUCCCCUGAGUACCUGGUAUCUGAAAUCUGGGCUGUAGCAUAGUUACUGUUGUUUUUCCCAGUGGAGUCAUCUAAACUCCUGUAAUAUCUCCCCUUGGUGUGUAAAAAAAACUUUCUAUCUGAGCUAGCAGGUUGUCAUGCAGUAUCUGGCUCCUGCAUCCUUAUUGGUGAAAUAAAAGGACAAUGACGUAGUUAAAACUACAGGAAGGCUCUUCCAAUCUAAGGCCUCAGCACAAGGCAGCAGCUGCAGCUGAAGAGGUGAAGUCAUCAGCUGUGGCAUUGAUAGUAUGAGGUGCAGCUUCUGCACCCCAGAUAAAAAACAACAGUGCCCAUAGAGCAAUAAUGACAGACAAGUUAUGAGAGUAAUCAAUGAUUUUCUGGUUGGAUUUAAUGUUUAUUCCACAAAUUGUAACUGAUGUGAUAUUAAUUUGGUAAUAUACUUAAGCUUGGCUUGGUGAUAAGACCUAGGGAGAAUUGAAGGCUGUUAUUCUAAUAAGUGGAUAAUAACUAAAUGA